AUGUUUUGCUGCUUCGGCGUCUAUCACUCAGAAUUUGGUCUUCACCAGCCGCUCUUUUGGCAUCGGUGCUUCCUCGCCUUUGUCUCAUCAUCGCAAGCUCGCCUACGGUGGCUCCGCUCGGCGGCCGACUGUGCCCUGGAGCCCAACCUCGACCUCGAAGGUUUGCGCAGCCGGCUACACAAAAAGUUUGACAAACAGAGGCUGCGGUACAACAAGGUUGAGGCUUUGACUCAUAAACCCUCUGACGGACUGCACAGAGUGGCCAAAAGCAACAAGGUCUUGAACAUGUCGUCCCUUAUCGGCCUCUCUGUUACUCCCUCCGGAUCGGGUAGCCUCGCCCCCUCCACGCCAAGAAGCAAACGCAAGAUUUCUCCGUCGGCCGAGACGUCCUCGCCAAAGCAUAUCUCGGUCCUGUCCCAUCUCAUCUUUCAGCUCAGUAGGUGGCCUAGCCCCCCCUGGCCGCUCACGGUCGGCGGCUUGCCUAUCACCCUUGUGGUUGAGGACGUUUUGACUGCGGAGGGUCGCGCCUUCAUAUUCCCGAGGCAAAUCUUUGGAAACGGUACCAUCUCGAUCUGCUCCGAAGCCCAUUAUACUAACGCGGCCACGUUCUCCGACGUACUUCUCUGCCGGCUGGGGUCUGAUGUCAAUGCCUACUUCCUCAAGCACGCGCCUCCGGGUGUCCGCAUGCUGGAAUUAAUUCACACGUGCGAACGCGCUUUCUACGUCGUCCUGGACGAUCAUGUAAAGAUACCAGCCAAGUGGAUGCCAGGCAAGAUUGCCAAUCGGUUCGUCGGGUAUAUUCACAACCAGGAGCUCCGCCGGCCGUCUUGGGCUGAUCUACCAGCCAAGCGUGAAAUUCAGCCGCAGCCUAUGACUGGCGUUAUUAACGAUACGACCUACGAUGUCCUGAGACCGGGCGUCUUGAUCCGGAGCAAGAUGCUUCAGGACCACGCACACCCGGCUGUCUUCUCCACCACAUCGGGCGUAUUGGUGCAGAACGUCGUCGGGGAUACCUUCAUAACAAGCGCUUCGCACAGGAUCGGAGAGGGCGAGAUGGUGUGGCAUGCCAACCGCCCUGACCGUAUAAUUGGCGAGGCCGUGGUCGAGAUUUCCGGUACCGACGUUAGCCUACUUAAGCUUAAGGACGAUGUCGUAUUUAUCAACCAGACCUUUGAGACGGAUGCCGGCGCGGUGCCCGAGUUUACUCGCCUGAAGACUUCGACUGAGGAGCUGCCGUUGGGUUCCCUAUGCUACCUUAAUAGCCUAUAUACGGGCAACAUGGAAGCCGUCUUGUUGGCUUCAAUACGAUAUUUUAAAACCUCCCCGUAUCUUGCCGAGAGUCAGCUAGCUUAUAAUAUCUAUAACUGGUCAUAUACGGGCCAGGAAGAGGGUAACGAGGGCAAGUUGCGACCUCCAGACGGCACGUGCGGCUCGGUCAUUUGGAAUGACGAGGGCGUCAUUACGGGCUUCUAUCAUUAUCACAUUGAGGAUGGGCCGUGGGCUGGGUUUGCGCUUUCUGCGAGUGCCAGUGCUGUGGUAGAUGCGGGAUACAGUCUGGCCAAGUAA